AUGUAUCCACGAUGCACUCCUGCCUCUAACGCCACAAAACCAGCUACGAUAGACGCUCCAGAAUUGUUGAACAAACAUAGCGAGACGAUUCCGGAUGUAGCAGACAAGGCCGAAGGACCAGUCAAAGCUGGAGGCCAGCCCGAGAACCAGUCCACCCUUAGGGUUGUCUGUUUGAUCGUCUCGGCCUUUGUCGCGAUGUUCCUAGUUGCGCUAGACAGAGCCAUCAUCUCCACGGCCAUACCCAAAAUCACCGAUGAAUUCAACUCUUUAGAUGACGUGGGCUGGUACGGAAGCGCCUACUUGUUGACAUGCUGCGCAUUUCAACUCUUGUUUGGCAAGCUGUACAAGCUCUUUUCUGUCAGAAUCGUCUUCCUUGCCAGUAUUCUAGUGUUUGAGGUUGCCUCUGCUAUCUGUGGAGCGGCUUCGAAUUCAGUGGCCUUUAUAAUCGGAAGAGCGAUCUCCGGAGUCGGCGCUGCUGGUAUCCUCGCUGGAACUAUAAUGUGCAUCAUCCAUUCCGUGCCUCUCCAGAAGCGUCCACAAAUCCAAGGUUUGUUCGGCGCCCUUUUCGGUAUUGCCUCCAUCGUGGGUCCUUUGAUCGGCGGUGCCUUUGCAUCGAACGCAACGUGGAGAUGGUGCUUUUAUGUCAAUCUGCCAAUUGGUGGCGUCGCCAUGGUCUUCAUUGCCUUCUGCCUCAAUGUCUCCAAGCAAGACACAGCGAGUGUCUCCUGGGCCGACAAAAUCCUACAACUAGAUUUCUUCGGCACUACCCUUCUGGUAUCUAGUGUGGUCUGUCUGGUAUUGGCACUUCAGUGGGGCGGCCAGAUGUAUGCUUGGAGCAGUGGUCGCGUUGUGGCUUGCCUAGUUCUCAUAGGUGUCUUACUUCUUUCUUUUGUCGCCGUUCAGAUCUUUCUUCCAAAGACAGCGACCCUUCCAGUGCACAUAUUCUCACAGCGCAGCAUCAUUUCGGGCUUCUGGCAGACAUUCUGCGUCGGCUCUGGAAACUAUAUAUUUGUGUACUUCCUCCCAAUCUGGUUCCAAUCCAUCAAGGGCAAUACUGCCGUCGAAUCUGGCAUCCGGUUACUACCGAUGAUGCUAUCAAUGGUAGUUGGCUCAAUCGGUGGUGGAAUCACAAACUCCAAGAUCGGAUACUACACCCCGCUCGCGAUCAUUGGAUCAUGCAUCAUGUCCGUCGGAGCCGGUCUCCUCACCACCUUCCAGAUGGACACCAGCGAGGGAAAGUGGAUCGGAUAUCAGAUCGUCUACGGAGUGGGUCUGGGCUUAUGCUUCCAAGUCCCCAAUCUCGCCGCGCAGACUAUCCUUCCGAAGCCCGACGUACCAUUUGGAUUAGCACUAAUGUUAUUUGGCCAGCUAAUCGGGGCAGCCAUCUUUGUCUCAGCUGGGGAGAAUAUUCUGGCUAAUCAGCUCGUGAAGAGACUUUCCGGGCUGCCCGGGUUUAAACCCAAACUCAUCACCUCUGGGGGUGCCACGGAACUGCUGAAUACAAUGCCGGCGGAUCUGCACGACACGAUCCUCUACUCUUACAAUGAAGCGCUGCGAAACGUGUUUCAGGUCGGUUUGAGUAUUUCGUGUCUGACACUACUAGGUGCGGCCACUCUGGAGUGGAAGAGUAUCAAUAAGAGGCAGAUACACCCCGACACUGAGAAUAAUGGGCUAGCUGGAGGGGAGAAGACUAUAGAAGCGACAGGGAGUAAAUAG